AUGCUGAAGCAGAAGGCCUUUGUGAAGAAGACCAAGAAAGGCAACGUCACAAAGGUUGUGCGCGAGCACUACCUCAGGGAUGACAUAUGGAGCGGCUCCCCCCUGGACCCAGAGUGCCCCCCCGAAUCCCACAAGCUGUCCCCUGCGGCGGCGGCCUACCUGGUGAUUGACACCAACGUGGCGCUGCACCAGCUGGACUUCCUGGAGCACGCGGCGGUGACUGAUGUCAUCGUGACAAAGACAGUGCUGGAGGAGGUGGAGCACCGCAACCGCUCCUGCUUCCAGCGCCUGAGGGCCCUCACCCAGUCGGACGCCAAGCGCUUCUUCGUCUUCUCCAACGAGCACCACAGCGCGACGUACGUGGAGGCGCGCCCCGGGGAGAGCCCGAACGACAGGAACGACAGGGCCAUACGCGGCGUCGCAAAAUGGUACAAGGAGCGCGUUCCCGGCGUGCGCGUGCUGCUGCUCACCAACGACGCCGCCAGCCGCGCACUCGCUGCGUCUGAGGGCGUGGAGGCGCUGCACCUGGCGGCGUACGCGCGGGAGAGGCGGGGGGAGGUGCCAGAGCUAAUGGACCUCGUGGCCCGCGCAGAGAUGGAGGAGGACGGGGAGCCUGGGGCGUCGGGCGCGCCAGCUGACGCCGGCGGCGGCGGCGGCGGCGGCGGCGGCGCGCGGGGCGGCAGCCGCGCGAGCAAGCGCAAGAAGGUUUACGAGGCGCACCGGCCCUUCGCGGAGCUGCAGGCCGGCAUCGCGGCGGGCCGCCUGCACCAGGGCGCGCUGAGGGUCAGCCGGUUCAACCCCUUCGAGGGGUGGGUGUCCAGCCAGAGCGUCGGGGAUGACAUCCUCAUCAGCGGCCGCAUCGACAUGAACCGCGCCCUGGACGGUGACAUCGUGGCCGUUGAGCUGCUGCCCGAGGACCAAUGGCGCGCCCCCAGCAAGGUCCUGCCCGGCGGCGGCGGAGGAAAAGGAUCCAGCGGCGGCGGCGGGGAGGCGGCAGACGAGGGGUCGGAAGAGGGGGAGGGCGACGGCGGCGAGGCCGGCAUCUUCCAGGUCGCCCCCGGGGAGGCGCUUGCAGAGGAGGGCGGCGGCGCCGCCGGCAAGGCCCCCGCCGCCGCUCGCCCUACUGGCCGCGUGGUGGGCGUGAUCAAGCGCAACUGGCGGCAGCGCGGCUACUGCGGGGCGCUCAAGCCGGAGGAGGGCCUGGAGGCGCGGGCAGGGGCGGCGGCGGUGCUGUUCGUGCCGGUGGAGCGGCGGUUCCCCAUGAUACGGUGUGUGUAG